CUCCCGCAAAUACGUGUGUCCCGCCUUCGGGCAUUCCCAGAAUUGUGAUUGCCCAGAGAGAAGCUCCAAGAGGGCAUUUCUUGGCACAAAAAUAGCGCCUGAACGGUGGCUGCCGAGUACCGAUUACGUAAGACCUCAACGUCCAUGGUGGGGUACCGGCCGGCAAUGGAGGCUGACUGAAUAACCGGAUCCUUGAUUCCAACCCGACCCAUCAAAGCUUCCACCGCACCAUAAAACCCUCAAAUUCAAAACAUGACACAAAACUUCACCUCUCUCCCGCAAGAGCUGCAGCUCGCAACCUCAGCCCACGUCAAGUACAUCCAGAGUCUCGACUCUAGAAAGGACGAAUAUGACUACUGGUUGACGGAGCAUCUGCGUCUCAAUGGCCUCUACUGGGGCUUGACCGCUCUGCACCUCCUCGGCCACCCCGAGGCCCUCCCGCGCGCCGAGACCAUCGACUUUGUGCUAUCAUGCCAGCACGAGAACGGCGGCUUCGGAGCGGCACCCGGCCAUGACGCCCACAUGCUGUCCACCGUCAGUGCCGUGCAGAUCCUCGCCAUGGUCGACGCCUUUGAUGACCUCGAGACGCGUGGCCGGGGCAAGGCACAGGUGGGAAAGUAUAUCGCCAGCCUCCAGAACCCUCAGACCGGCACGUUUGCGGGUGAUGAGUGGGGUGAGGAAGACACUCGCUUCCUCUACGGCGCCUUCAAUGCCCUUUCCCUCCUUGGCCUCCUCCACCUUGUCGAUGUUGACAAGGCUGUUGCCCACAUUGCUGCAUGCGCCAACUUUGACGGCGGCUACGGUGUCAGCCCCGGUGCCGAGUCCCACUCUGGCCAGAUCUUCACCUGUGUCGCUGCCCUCGCCAUUGCUGGCCGCAAGGAGCUCAUUGACGUUGAUCGCCUUGGUCGCUGGUUGAGUGAGAGGCAGAUCGCUGGCGGUGGCUUGAACGGUCGUCCGGAGAAGAAGGAGGACGUGUGCUACAGCUGGUGGGUGCUGAGCAGUCUGGAAAUGAUUGGCAAGACGCACUGGAUCGACAAGGAGAAGCUCACCAACUUCAUUCUGAGCUCGCAAGACACGGAGAAGGGUGGUAUCUCGGACAGGCCUGGCGACAUGGUGGAUGUCUGGCACACCUGCUUUGGCAUUGCGGGUUUGAGCUUGCUGGAUUGUCCGGGCUUGGAGCCGGUUGACGAGGUUUAUUGCAUGCCCAAGUCAACCAUCAAGCGUGUCCUUGGCCAUUGAGAGGAAUGAGAUGUGGUGUUGUCGGAAUACGGUACGAUGACUUCUUAUACUAUCUCAUCAUCAUGGCAUGGCACAUGGCACAAACACAACUACCUC